AUGGUGGGCUUCGGCGCCGAGCUUUGCCUCGAUGAUGGUGUGGCAGAAAGUGAGCGAGCAUACAUCCAGGAUGAUGGUGGCAACAACAUUCCAAUCGGAGUCUUUGAAAUGGCUUGGGCAUCUUCCACCCUUCUUGCCGAGAUGACAGCAGUAAUGAUUCGUGAGGUGCUUGGUUUCCACGCUCAUGUAGAUCCUACAGUGGGUGGGAAUGGAGGUUCUCCGGUCUUCGCUUUGGCAGGAUGUACCGACUUCAACGACAAAGUCAACAGGAAAUGUGGCACCCAAGAAACAACGAUUCAUGUCAGCGUGGACUCCUGGAUUGGAAGCUAUGCUUCUACCCAGAAUCAAUUCGCCAAGGAGUAUCCAAGACUUGCCGCGGAGGAUUUGGGGAGCAUGGGAUAUGUUGGCGAAGAAUCCAUGUACGUGAGCCAGGCUAUUCUCAAUGCAGCCUACAGCGAAUCCGGUCUUGCUCUGGACUUCUACAAGAGUUACAACACUUCGCAUCAUGAUCCAAAGAAAUAUUUUGGUUCCAUCCACGAUGUGAACUUGUCAGAGUUGGCGCUCUGCAGUGAUACCGACCUGAGCGACCGGAACCAAAUGUCGGACUAUGCCAAGUAUUCAGGCGACUAUGACGGGGUCGUCAGCCAACCAGAUGGCACAUUUGUUGCCAAGUGUACAAACGACCGCUGGUGGUAUGCCCCUGCAUGUCGGGCCAAUGCCUCCACGUGUAUCCCUGUCUUCACGGCCGGGACCGGGUGGAAAGCGCAGCCCAUGAUGCAAUGGUCCACGGCCUACGGAAUGCCAACGGCUCUCGGAGUCUCGGGCGGGUGGUCGUUGUUCUUGAAGCAUGUGCGGACUGUCCAGUGUCUACAUUACUGGUGGGUUCCAGAUUCGACCUUCAUUCAAAUGUUGCCAGAACAGCUGCUUUUUGCUCGUCACAGUGCCAAUGAGUGGCUUGCUGGAGACAAGAAGACAGGAGGUCAAGGAAGCUAUGUGUCCAAGAUGGUCAGCAACAACUUGCAAUCCAAGGCCGGCCGGGUUCGAGAGUUCGUAGCCAACAUCAACUUUGAGCUGCCGGAAGUGCAAAAUCUUCUCUUGGAGUUUGAUGCGACAGGCUCAGCCUACAAUGUUUCCUGCAAGUGGAUUCGAAACAAUCGAGCCAGGUGGUCAGCCUGGAAGCCAAAGCUGACCAGCUGCUACGAAGGCUUCGGGUUGGUUGACGCCUCCGGAGCUUUUGUGCCCAACAGGACACUUGCCGUUGGAUGCGGCCUGUGCCAAGCAGGAACUGCAUCUGAGGAGCUCAUUGAUGAUGAGGGAAGGACUUUCCAAUGCAAGCAAUGUCCUCCUGGCUACAGCCAAUCGAACACUUACUCCACCAAAUGUGAACCGUGCCCAAAGGGCACUUCGGCGAGCAUGUUUGGAAGCAUCUCAUGCACUCCCUGCAACGAAGGAGAGUAUCAACCGGAUACAGCUCAGACUUCAUGUAUCCCUUGUGAUGCUUCCCGAACAACCCUGCUCUUGGGCGCGUCAUCGUUGGCAGAUUGCGUGUGCCAGGCAGGGAAAAUCGAGCAGCUCUCCACUUGUGAGGAUUGCAGUGAGGAAAGCAUGCAUUGCCCCAAGGGAAGCACCGUUGCGAUGCUUGUAGCAGCCCAAGGAACGACCGACAUAAGGGGCCCUUUUGUGAAGAAAGGCUUCUUUAGCAAUCCACUCGUACCUCUUGACACUUACAAAUGUACCGCGGAGCUCUUUUGCCCCGGUGGCUCCCCCGGUCAAUGCUUCGGGGAUCGUGAAGGUUUGACUUGUGGCGACUGCGCUGAUGGACAUUUCUGGGGUUCCGACCAAUGUGAGCCUUGUGGAGCGGUCCCGGUUGCAUGGGCCUUCUCGGUGACUAUGGUUGUGCUUGGAGUCUGUGGCUCUUACUAUAUGCUGACAUCCAGCUAUACGGCGAAGGCCAGUGUGAUGAUGUCCACCACAGCAGCCUUGGGAAUGCUUGUGGCCUUAUUCCAGAACUUGGGUGUCUUGAACACAGUUGCUGUUCCAUGGCCAGCUGGCUUGGAAGCAAUCCUGAGCUUUGCCUCAAUCUUUACCUUCAACCUUGAUGCUCUUGGCUUUAGUUGUGCUGCUGGAAGCAAUGUCGCCCGGUACGUCAGCACGGCCUCGUUCUUUUGGAUUGUGGUUCUUGCGUUGCCCCUUGUGGGUUUGCUCACGAACUUCAUUCCAAUUCUGAAUCGCCGCAAGCUCGCGUGGGAGAAGAACAAAACCAUCAGCACCACGGGACAGUUCUUGCAGGUCGGCUUCACGACCAUGUGCAAUGUCGGCCUCAUGCCUUUCAUGUGCUACAGACAUCCUACCGGUCAAGCGAGUAUCUUGAAGUACCCGAAUGUAUUCUGUGGCACAGAUGAGCACGUGAUCAUGCGGGUCUUUGGGGUGUUCGUGCUCAUUCUGGCCUUCACCUUCUUCACAGCAGCUUGCUACGCUGCAUAUCAAGCACCAAAAUGGUCAGGCAAACCAAGGCUGGCCGCCAUUCGUUUCUUGAUCUUCCGCUUCCGGCCCAACGUGUGGUAUUUUGGUUUGGUCCUCUUGGCUCGAGGACCCUUGCUGUCCAUGCCAGGUGUGAUAGCGACCAACAUGCCCAGCUUGCAACUUACGCUGAUGCACAUGAUCUUGCUUGGGUCUCUUUGCCUUCAGUUGUGGUUCCUGCCUUGGAAAUCUCCAAUCCUGAACCUGGUCGACGGAGUCUCAGUGUCGCUCCUUGUGAUGCUGUUGGCUGGGUCUCUUGGAUAUGCGGACAGCAGUGGGGAAGAAGCCACACGUGUUCUGGCGACGUUCGGAACCGUCAUCUCUUCUUUGAUGGUGGCCAUCCUUGGAGGCAUGGUGAUGCUUGGCCUAACUGCUCUCGUCUACCGUUCAGCGCUGGGUAGCUCAAAGGAACUGCGCGUCAUGAACCUUGGCAAGGUCCCAGAAGAGAAGGAUGUCUUUCAAAGUCUCCUUGAUGUGGCGACCUUUCUCAAGGAAGAUGGACAGGGCAAGGAGGAUAAAUUCAUCGACGACUUGGGCAAGCUCUCAGUCUAUGACAUUGGCACCAUCACCCGUGCAAUGAACAUUUUGGCCGACGACUUGAACAUGGUCGUCAGCCAGAACGGCAGCAUUCGCAAGAGUUCCUCCCGCCGCAUUGCCACCGGAUCACGGUCGAUCAGGAGAACAACGAACCGCGGGGUGGGAAGCCGGAGCGAGUGUGUCAAACACCCGAGCAGAUCUCAGAUCACCACAGAAGUAUGA